CACUCUCUCCCACGUCCCUCUCUUGCUCUCUUCCUUUCACCUGGUUCCACCACCUCAAAAAUCACCACCCCCUUUCAGAAACAAAGAGUGAAAGCUAGAAAGAAAAGCAUAUCAAGGAGAGGAAGAGGAAGAAGAAGAAGGAGGCAAAGGGGGUGCUGCCAAUUUCCGUCCAGCAGCGAGACAGCCUGUGAGAAGGACGAUUCCGGACAAUCAAACCGUUGGAUCGUCCUGCGAUUUGUAGGUUGGGUUUCAUACUUCUUUGGCUACGAUUUGACCGUUGGGAUCAUCGAUAUGAUCUCUGGUUCAUCGAGGAAAGUCGCUGGACAGAAGGGGUGCGAUACUGUUUUUCUGUAGCAGGACAGCAGAUUAGAGGUAAGGAGCAAGCCGGGGCUCAUCCAAAGGCAAGGGCAUAGCCGAGUGAAGACAAAACUAUCAAGAUCAGAAGUAAGGUCUGUACUGUAGAUAUCGGGACUCAAGCGUGAAGGGAAGCCAUGAGAUCAAGAUCAGAAGUAAGGUCUGUACUGUAGAUAUCGGGACUCAAGCGUGAAGGGAAGCCAUGAGGUGGGCGGAGGACUCCGAACUCCUUAAAUGUUUUAUGUUGUGUGGAUUUUGUAAUAAAGCGGACUUCCCCGGUUUUCUGUUUUGACUCUGAUGAAAAUGUAAAUUAUGGUUUGAAGUUUGAGAAAAAAAAAAUAUAUGUAGAGCUCGGGCCCGAGAAUGUUUAAACUCGAUGUAUUUUACUGUUUCGUUUUGUAAUAUAAAGUAAGGGUUUCACAUUUUUGGUAUCAGAG